AUGAAAACCAAGGGAAAAAAGCAAAGCAAGGCCAUGCAGUGCAUUGGAGCUCCACUUAGGGUUCUGGCCAAGGCUGGAGACUUUUACAUGAGAAGCAUGAUGGACUGUAGCGGGGGCGUCGGCUAUGGUGGUCUUGUAGGCUGUCCGGCCCUGCAAGUCUCGCAUUUGCCUAAUAGCUUUAGCGUCAGUUCUUCAAAGCGUAGAGAUGAGGAGUUGAGGUUGAGGGAGACCAUAGGGAGGGUGUCUAAGAGGAGUGGAGGGAGUAGGGUGGAGAUGGAGAGGCGUAAAGGGGUGGGAAUGAGGAGCUACAGUGUUGGGAUAGGGAGGAUUGGGAGAAUUGAUGAGGAGAAGCCGUGUGAGUUUGUGGAAGAUGAUGAUGGUAAGCUCAAAGCAGAUGUGUUGUAUCCGAGAAGCAGAAGCUGUGCUGUUACAACGAGAAAUGCUGUGUUUUAUUAG